CUUCACCCCGAUCUCCCCCGUCACUUGGGGGCAGCCAGGCCCAGCCCCACAGGGCAGGCCUGUCACUGCAGCAGGAGUGGGGGCGGACUCCCUCUCCAUCCCCCCGAACCGCCCCUCCACGCUCGGCCAGGCUUGGCUGCAGUGCCAGGGCAGUGGGUGCUGCUGCGGGCGGAGCUCCCGGGCAGGGUGAGGAGCAGGACGCUGGCCACGAAUGCGAGCCCUGCAGACCAGCCCAGUUUGCCUAGGCGCAGAUCCAGCCCUAGCUCUGACCUUGCCACCGGGGAUCCCCCUCCCGCGCUGCCGCCGCUCCCCGACUCCCUCUGCCCGGAUUGGCUGGGCUGGCAGCUGCAGGCACAGAGCUGAGCAGAGACAGGCAAAGAGAGAAGUUGGUGCCGGGGCUUGUGGCCUGGGGAGGAACCGACAGCCCGUGAGCUGGGCCCCUCGUCUCACCGCACUGACACCUGCCAGAGCCUGGAUCCCGCUCCCCCUGCCAGGAUGCUGCUCCCGCUGCUGCUCCUCCCCUGGGCAUGGGGGGCCCUGGCUGGUAAGUGGGGACCCCUCCCUGCCUUUUUGCUACUGCGGGGGGGUUGUGCAUGAUAUAAUGCCAGGGCCAGGGUGGGGCAGCACCACAUAAGAACAUAAGAGCGGCCAGACUGGGUCACACCAAAGCUCCAUCUAGCCCAGUGUCCUGUCGGCCGACAGCGGCCAGUGCCAGGUGCCCCAGAGGGAAUGAACAGACAGGAACAUCCAGUGAGCCACCCCCUGUCGCCCAAUUCCCAGCUUCUGACAGACAGAGGCUAGGGGCACCAUCCCUGCCCACCCUGGCUAACAGCCAUUGAUGGACCUAUCCUCCGUGAACUUAUCCAGCACUAGUGACCCUUGCUGGCGUGCAAGAGGACGGGGAGGCAGGUUACGGUUCAGCAGGAAAGCCCUGGAACUGGGGAGCAUUAACGAGACUGAGACUCUUUAAUCUCUCUCCUCACCCGCUUUGUCCUCCCCUUGUUCCCCCCUCCUCCAGCCUCCCCUCCUGUCCCCCCAGGGUCUGUCACCCUCCGUCUGCUGAAAACCACUGUCUUCCACAAUGCCAGUUCUACGAACAUGGAGGGGAUGGCUCUGCUCGGGGACCUGCGGACCCACUCCAUGGAUUGCAGCACCUGCAAGAUCCGCUUCCUGCAGCCCUGGGCCAACCAGGGCCUCACUCCGAAGCAGUGGCAGGGCCUGGAGACAGUGCUCCAUAACUACGUGUCCAAAUUCAUCCUUCUUAUUAACAAAGUGGUUAAGGAUGAAAAGGAGCACCACCCCUUUGUGAUUCAGGCCUCCAUCGGCUGCAAGCUCCACCCCAACGGCACCUCAAGGCAGUUCUGUGAUGCCGCGGAGAACGGGGAGGAUUUCAUCAGCUUCAGUGUGGACGAAGGCUCCUGGGUCGCUCAGCACUGGCAUAAGCUGGCCCUCCACUCACGGGACUUUCUUAACCAGGAUAAGAGCACGACUGCCAUGGCUCAGUUUCUCCUGAGAACAACGUGUGAACUCAAGAGCUUUGUCCAGUACGGGAAAGAGUCUCUGGCAAGGCAAGAGCGGCCGGUCGCCGUGGUGUUUGCCCGAGCGCCUCCCCCAGCCGGGACCCCCGCGCCGGUGCUGCUGGUUUGCCGGGUCACCGGUUUCUACCCCCGUCCCGUCCGCGUGGCCUGGCUGCAGGACGGGGAGGAGGUGGCGCCAGGCUGGAGGCUGAACUCCAGCGGGAUCCUGCCCAACGCGGACCUGACCUACCAGCUGCGCAGCUCCCUGGCCGUGGGGCCGGGCGACGGGCACAGCUACGCCUGCCGGGUGCAGCAUAGCAGCCUGGGGGGCCAGAGCCUGCUGAUCCCCUGGGGGCACAGCAGGCCCUGGGGCCCUGGCCUGGCCGUGGGCAUCACCCUGGGGGCUCUGGCCGUGGCCGCCGUGGCCGUGGUGCUGUGGUGGAGAAUACGCAGGGGCCACCCGGACGUCAGACCAGGAGAGCCCAGAGCCUGAGGAUGCAGCACUGGCUUAGAUGUGGGGAUCGGCCCCUCACUUGGGGACAUGGACCGUGGGGCUGACUCUGCGCCCUGAGGCCCCGUCAGGAUCGGAGCACUGGGAGAUCAGGGCAGCGGGUGAGGGGUGGGAUUCUCCUCCCCUGGGACGUUUGGGGCACGUUGGACAUGCGAGGGCGCUGUGGGAUCCAGGAUCCGCAUGGAGCUGGAGCUGCCCUGUGCCAUUCAGUAAACUCUGCAGGGAGGCGCUGGCCAGCAGGCCCUGGGUGCAGGGGUCAGGCCCGGCUACACACACAA